CGGAUAAAUACUUAAAUAGCAGCUUAUGUAUUUAUUAUCUGCAAAGCCUGAGAUCCAUAUUGCACUCGCAGUUUCGCGUAUUAGUUCAAUCCGUCUGGGAGUAGUGUGUGCAUACUUAAACGACAACAUUUUUUUACUGAUAUCGGAGAUCCAGAAAGAAACGUCAGAAUGGUGUCAACGGAGCAGACCAUCAAUACGAUGCAUGAUGACAUGAUUCAUGAUGCUCAAUUAGACUAUUACAGUCGGAAGUUGGCUACAGCCUCCUCUGACCGCACCGUGAGAUUGUUCGACGUGAUCGAGACUGGCCAAUAUCAGGCCAUCGCAGAACUAAAAGGCCACACAGGAGCCGUGUGGCAAGUGAGUUGGGCGCACCCGAAGUUUGGUAAUUUGCUAGCAUCGUGUUCCUACGACAACAAGGUUAUAGUGUGGAAGGAAAACAACGGUCAAUGGCAAAUGGCAUGGGAUUCGUCUUCCGUAUCGCUGCACUCGUCGAGCGUAAAUUCUGUAGCUUGGUGUCCGCACGAAUACGGUCUUCGACUUGCUUGUGGAUCAGCUGACGGGAACGUGUCCGUAGUUACAUACAACCCGGAGGAUUCUACAUGGGUUAAGUCAUACGUAAGUCAAGAUACCCACGGCGAGGGUGUCAAUGCAGUAUCUUGGGGCCCAUACCAAGAACAAGCGAACCCCCGAUUGGCCACAGCGGGAUGCGAUAACAAAGCUAAGAUUUGGGAAUUGAUUGAGGGCGUAUGGAUUGCAAUAGGUGAGCUGAAGAGGGAAGGCAGUAAAAGCGCACAUGACGAUUGGGUGAGGGACAUUGCCUGGGCUCCAUCUAUCGGGAUGCCCGCCUCCGUUGUCGCCACGUGUGGACAGGAUAUGAAAGUUUACAUAUGGACACUAGAGGGCGAAGAGUGGAAGGCGCAUGAGCUAGGAGGAAAAAAUCAUCAAUUCAACGAUGUAGUCUGGCGAGUGUCAUGGAGUGUGACUGGGAAUAUUCUAGCCGUAACGUGUGGUGAUAAGGUUACCCUCUGGAAGGAAGCCGUUGGGAAUGAAUGGCAGCUCAUGCAGGUCGUAGACACUCAGUGAACGACAUAGCCUUGUUCUAUCGCACGAAUCCACAACGGACUAAACCGUUAAAGGCGUAAAAGUUAAUUGGCACCCUAAACCCAAAAAUAAAUGUGGAAUACUCUAAGCAUCCACCGAAAUAAACAUUAUUAGCACAUCUC